CGAAGUGUCUAGGUUGUGGGGUUAUGAUUGGUUACGUUCCGACAUGAUUUGGUUGUGUCAAAUGUGUAUUUAAUAAUUAAAAGAACUUUUCAAAGUAAUUUUUAUACUUGAACAAGUUUACUUUUAAGUUGAACAAAUUUUCCUUUUACUGCAUUUAUUCACUGUUAAUUAUGUCAGAUAUGCAAAUGGAUUGUGCGUUAGAUUUGAUGCGUCGUCUUCCCCCUCAGCAAAUUGAGAAAAACUUGAGUGAUUUGAUUGACCUAGUACCUAGCCUUUGUGAAGAUCUUCUGUCCUCUGUUGACCAACCUCUGAAAAUUGCCAGAGAUAAAGAAUCAGGCAAGGACUAUCUGUUGUGUGAUUACAAUAGAGAUGGAGACUCAUACAGAUCUCCUUGGAGCAAUACUUAUGACCCUCCUCUGGAAGAUGGAUCAAUGCCUUCGGAGAGACUGAGAAAGUUGGAAAUAGAUGCCAAUCAUGCAUUUGAUCAGUAUAGAGAAAUGUAUUUUGAGGGUGGUGUAUCUUCAGUAUAUCUGUGGGACUUAGAUCACGGAUUUGCAGGUGUCAUAUUAAUAAAGAAAGCGGGGGAUGGUUCUAAGAAGAUUAAGGGUUGCUGGGAUUCAAUACACGUGGUUGAAGUUCAAGAAAAGUCUCGUAGUGCACGUUACAAGCUGACAUCUACGGCGAUGUUGUGGCUGCAGACGAACAAGACUGGCUCCGGCACCAUGAACCUGGGAGGGAGUCUGACAAGACAGGUUGAAUCAGAAGCAAACGUAUCAGAAGCAUCUCCUCACAUUGCAAAUAUAGGAAAAAUGGUAGAAGACAUGGAGAAUAAAAUUAGAAACACUUUAAAUGAAAUUUACUUUGGUAAAACAAAAGAUAUAGUGAAUGGUCUACGCAGUGUUCAGCCCUUGUCUGAUCAGAAGGUACAGGCAGCGUUGCGGCAAGACUUGGCAGCAGCGCUUCAGAAGCGCCAAGCUAAGGCGGAUAACUGAGAACUACUGCUCUACACGGACUGAAGAAGCAGAAUUGGAAUGAGAGACUCUCCAUUCCGAGGAUAUGUGCAAUCUUGUCUCUUCAUGAACUCAGCACAACAAUGUUAUUCGCACAUGUUCUGGACUAUAUAAUUAUCUGCAUUCAAUGAAGAAGUAAUGAGAGCUCUAAGCCAAGUUAAAUAUGUUAUUGUAUUUUUUAUUUAUUCUUAUCAUUUGUGUUAAAAAUGUAUUCUGUCCUCCUACAAGAAAAAAAAGUAUAUUGUGUAAUUUAACUAGAUUAUAAGAACUAUUAACAACCCUAGGUGCUCAGUAUUCAAGAUUGUUUAUUAGGGUUUGAACAAUUAUAACAAUUACUAUUGCUGUUGAGAUGAACCAUGUCAGAACAUACAACUGUGUUGAGCUUCUGACAGGCCCUGGUUUAUAAAUAUUUGCAAACUUAAUAUUGACCAAUAUGGGACUCUGGUGAACUCAAAAUUGACUUGUAGUGUGUUAUGCCUUACUAUCUAUAUAUUUUACUAUACAAUAUGAAUGUGUUAAAAUCAGUUUUUCUACCUGUAUUACCAAUUUGAGAGAUUUAAAUAACAAAGUACGAUUUUAAAUCAAUGAUGUGUGCAAUUGUUUGUUAUGUGUAGCCUUGCCCCCCAUAGAAUAUUGUUGUUUCUUUUCUUAGGAAGUCUUGUUUAAUUAACUCUUUGGCUCUCAUACUUGGUGGGGAAAAUUUAAGUCUAAUUUGGCUUCUAAAGUAAAUAAACAAGUGAAUCCAAAAGUUUUAAUUGGAUUCUAUACCAUGGGAAAUCUGGUGUUGGUCAUAUUGGUGGGCUGCUGGAAUCUAGUUUCCCUGCCCAACUCCAUCCUUUCACUACACAAGGACGACCCGGACACGUUUACAUGGCUACAUGGGUUAGAACAGAUGUUGGGUCAUACAUAAAAUUCAACCCCAAUACAUAAUAAUCGAGUGUACAUUACAUUGAGUAUAGUAAAUGGGUUGUAACAUAGUAAAGUGAGAAAUGUACAGUUUUUUAACAGUAGUCUAAUUAUUUUUUAAGUUGGUUUUUAAUCACUUCUGUGAGUCAAGGUCUACUCAAUGAAGCCAUAUUCUUUUAUUGUGUUCUCCCCUACAAUGGAUGAAUCAAAAUAUGUUAACUUAAUUGAAAGUACAACGAGAACUAAUUGGUCAAUAUCAAGACUUUGGGGAAAAGCCAUGGCAAGGCAUGUAGGAGUGAAAGUGGGUGCCUAGUUUUAUCUUUGUUUAGGAUACCGCUGCAAAACCAGGGCCUGGAUUCCUGAAAAAAUAAAUGGAGAUGUAAAAUUUCAGAGUAAAAAAAUAUAUACACAUAUAAAAAUAUUGUUCUAUAUUCAAAUUUAACUCGACAAAAGUACAUGUAUUUAAUUAAUUUUUAUUAAUAAAUUCAAAAAGUAAUAUAGAAGUUAACGUUGUUAUAUACUCUAUUGAUUUACACCAAUAAGCAAUGUUUCUGCUAAAUCCUGCUCAGGCGAAAGAGACUAGUUGAUGAGGUUAGCAAGCGCUGCACUCUGUUAUUAAUCUUUUUUAGAAAUCGGUUAUUAAUGACUACCAAAAUAUUAUCAAUAAAUUGUUUGAAAACCUCUGAGCUAUUUUAUAUCCACUUGGUCACUCCACCACAGCACCACAUGGGUGGUUUCUUGUUGUGGAGUUGCCGUCACAUACAGUUUAACAUGUUGACUGAGGAGAUGCCAGUAUGAGGUGCUCGUUCUCAGUACAGGCUAGACUGAGUUGUUUAAUGUGAACAAUUUUACUGUCUUCCACAAUCACACUUUAUUUUUUUAAAUUGAUUGAAAUGUUACAACUAUUGUAUUGAAGGAGGCGUGUAUAAUGUGUAAUUUGAAAUAAUUUGUGUGUGUAUAUCUUUUUUUGCUGGAACUCUCAUUAGUUUAAUUUUGAAUUUAAUAGUCUUGAGAAACUUUGAUCAUCAAAUGGUCUUAGUUGGUCCUUUGGUACAUUUUUCAAAAACUACUCGCUGUCCAUAAUAUAGAGGUGUAAUUGUGUAAGUGUGCAUAUAAUUACACCUCCAUGUUAACAUGGUAGUAUGUUUUAUCUAAGUGUAUUAUAACACAGUUAAAAAGUAAUUUUCCAAAUUUCUCACUCAGAUUUGAUUAUCUUAUUCCUGGAGAAAAAGCUACUGACAUAGUUUGCUCUUGGGUAUUGUACUGUUUCUGUAAAACAUAGAAUUUAUCAACUAUUUCAAUCUAUAUUGUAAUAUUAUAAUGUAAAUUUUAGCAUAUUAUAUAUAUAUGAAUAUAUUUUAUAAAAAUGAUACAAUAUUAUUUUCUUAUCUUGUUGUGUUUGAUGGUAAUAGCUUUGCUUCAGCUUUUUGCCUUUGACUGUGUGCUAUUAUAAUUACGCAGUUUUCAUUUAUUGCAUUUGUACUAUUAAAUAAAUAUUGUUCGGUUCAUUAAUAUGUUUAAAGCAAUGUCUUUGAAGACGUAUUUGUUGGUAUGAUUUUGUAUUUAAUAUUGUUUCAUUAUUAUUUAAUUAUACAUAUUUCAAGUGAUAACAAUGUAAAUAUCUAACAAAGGCAAUGGCAUUAAAUUAUUAUAUGUUUAAUCCAUCUUAAAAUAGUUUCCCUAAUGAAAAGUAGUUCUUUACGUAAAUAUUAAUUAAACCCUUUAUAUGGUUCAGAUUGUAUUUUAACAUGGCUCAUUAUUGUUUGAAAAAUAUAAUUUUAAUCUUCAGCUAUCUCAAUUGUUUAACGAGCUUUAGACAUUCAUUAUUUAAUUUAUUUAGAUAUUUACCAAGUUUUGGGGAAAUUUUGAAAUGCUUACAAAGGAAAUGUAAGAAGCCAUGUUAAUUUUAAUAUACAUAUAUUGUUUGAAUUGUAUUGUCUUAUCAUUUAUUUCCAUUAAUGUGAACUCAUUGUAUGAUUUACCCUAUAAGAUGAAAUGACAGACUUCCCCAGCAAUUUCUUAUUAAUCUUGAAAAAAUUGAUAAGAAAGUAUUGGUUUCAAUUACAUUGAAAGGUCUGAACAUUAUUUAAACAAUUCAAAUAGUAAGGCAAGUUAUUUACAGUUAAUUGUAAUAUUCUAAUGGAACCUGAAAGCAAAAAAUUGAAAUCUGUUUAAAAUCAUUAUAGAUUCUAAAAGACUUUCCCCACUUACUUACCCAUCCUUGAGGAAGGACAUUUUCUUUGAAAUAAAUGAGGUCAUAGUUAGAGAAACAACUAUGUUUCUUGAAAAAAUAGUGAAUUAUAUAUUUAUCAAAAUCAUAUAAAAUGUAGUGUAAACAAUAAUAAAGCUGUUUCUUUAUAUUUUAAACUACAACUAUUAACUUGGAAGGACAAGCUUUUUUUAAUUUUCAGCUAUGUAACAAAUAAAAUUAUUGUAUAAUUUUUUUAUAGAUGAUUAUUUUUGUGCACCAGUUUGUUAGUUUUAAUCUUCUUAGCCAACACUUAAUAACCACCUACAGUGCAGAGUUGGAUCCACCCUCCGAUCUGAGGCGGCCAGUUGCGUAACAUUCGGCCAGCAAAGAGGUCAGACACUUUCCAAGCAAACUUUUUAGUCAUAUAAGUAACAGUAAGCUGCAUCUACAAUAUUCAUUUUAUGUUUAAUAAACAUUGCACUUAAAAAUUUAAGUUAUCUUGAAUUUUUGUUGUUUAACAUUAAAAGUCCUUAAGUGCAUAGAAUUUGUAAUACAACUUAUUUGGAUACUCAAUACAAGGAAGAAACUCUUGGUUGUUGAAAAAACGUUCAGGCAAUAAUAUCCACAGUUGUUUUUGUCUCUAAGUUGAAAAUCUCUCUUUAAUAUUUUGCAGCGAUAUGCAGUUCAUUAGAUAAAAGGAUUUCCAAAACUUCUAUUGAAAUAUGAGUAGCUUUCUUAUGUAUCCUCCACCUGUUUAACAUUUUACUGAUGAUGUCACAUUACAGUCCAAAGACCACAUAAUCACUCAGUACAAGUGUUGAUGACAGAUUGAGAUAAAUGAACAUUAUUCUUGCAUAAUGCAUAAUUAUUAUUCACACAACACCAAAAUAUAUUGGCAUAUACCUUGUGGAAAUGUCCUAGUAAAAUUUACUUAACCCAUGUUACAUUUUCAUAUUGUACCAUAUAAAAUGCAAUGUAAAAAGAGAAUUUCCAUUUCAUGUUUGUGCUUAGUCAUAAAGUUUAUGUUAAGUACAAAUUUAAGUGUCAUCAAUAUUUAUUGGGUUAUGUCAUUGAGUGAAUAGCCACUCAAGAUUGAAGAAGUUAUGCAGAUUGUGUUAAUGACAUCACCCCUCAUAAACACAGUAGGAUUCUCUGCCAAGGCAGGUUACUAAUGUCUAACCUCAAUAGCCCCUGUAAAGAUUAUCACUCUUAAGACACUGAUUAUUGAUCAGAGUAAGAGUUCUAAAACUGAUAAGAAUAAAGAGGAUAAAAAUAUCCUUUUCAUUCUGAUAUCUAGAAAGGGCUUUUAAAAUGAACAUUUGUUUUGCAGUACAUAGUUCUGAAUUUCAAAUUGUAAAAAGAUGUGAAUUAAAUAAGUCCUAUUUGUUUACAACACGUAUUUAAAAAAAACAUCACAAUAUGUGUAUAUGUAUAUAUUGUAAGACUCACCAGUAAUGUUACGGCUUUUUAUGAGCAAGGACAGAACACAGAUGUGUAAAACUUGUCAAAAUUCAUAUAACAUAAAUCAAAUUAGGCAAAAAUGUAAGUAGGUAAAUAAUUAUUUAUUAAAUUGUUAUGUUUAGAGAAGUCGAAUCAGUAAGGCAUAUACCCUUACACACAAAGGGUAAGGGGGGGGGGGGUUUGUUCUGUUAAAUAUUCACAGCUUCAAUAAUUUUUAACUAGAAAGCUUCAUUAACAUAACCUUGAUGUGUUUUUUAUGUCACUCAUAUCUACUCUUACAUUGUAUGUUUUGUUUGUUGGAUACUAAUUAUUUGUUAUAAAACUGUUGUUUAUUAAUAAAUACUGUAUGAUCAUUUUCAUUGAUUUAUGUAUAAAUUUUGAAUAACAGUAAAAUGUAUGAAUGUCAAUGGAAAAUGUGUACAUUAAGAAGCUUGACUUUAUUAACUCUGUAAUAUUAGUAUAAAUAAAGUUAUUGAUUUUUU